GCGUCCGCUGCAGCCCCACACUCCGCCGCCAAACUGGAGGAGCGACGGAAGCCGGACCCCAAGAGGAUGGAGGAUGAAGCUGUCCUGGACAGAGGGGCUUCCUUCCUUAAGCAUGUGUGUGAUGAAGAAGAAGUAGAAGGCCACCACACCAUCUACAUCGGGGUCCAUGUGCCAAAGAGCUACAGGAGAAGGAGGCGUCACAAGAGAAAGACAGGGCACAAAGAAAAGAAGGAAAAGGAGAGAAUCUCUGAGAACUAUUCUGACAAAUCAGAUGUGGAAAACGCAGAUGAAUCCGGCAGCAGUAUCCUAAAACCUCUCA